GUGAACUAUACUGUCCUCUCAAGCUCUUCCGUGUUCAGUCAAGAACAACUUGUCACGCCAAGUUCUUACGCAACAGCCCUAAAGAAGCAGUUCAAACGUUUUUUGUUUUGUUGGUAAAUUGCCUUUACAUUUCUUACAGACUACAUUUGAAUCUGUCAUCGGGGAAUCAUCACAUCAAUGGGGUCGUUAAAGCAGAUAAAGACUGAGUUUCUUCACUGUGAGAGUGGGAAAAAAGAAGCUGUAGAAUUCCUCAGCCAAAUCAAAGAGAUUGUGUUGAAACAUCGCAACAGCAAGAUUCCUCUUGCAAAGCCGAAAAGUUACGAGUUGAGAAUCGGGGGUCUGGAGGACACUGUCCACGCUGGAGAUGGUGAACAGUUAGAAGUUUGGAAAGACUGCUACCUUCCAGAGAGAAUGGAGAUGGUGGUCAUUGGUGCCCUGGAUGACUUCCGAUGUUCGGCAGCAGGAUGGCAGCUGGUUCUCCUGUUAUGUGAAGAUGGCAAUGUCUACGCCUACGAGUUUGAAGUUCUACACCUGGUUGCCAGAAGCUUGGAGGAUCUCUUUAAAUCUGGAGCGGAGUUCCCAGGACUGGAGAAAUUCAGAUUUGGAGAAUGCUUUGAGGAAUUGACUGAGGAAGAGAUGGAGAAAGAGAUGCAAUGUGAUGAAAUCAAGAAAAUCGAUGAUGAGCAUAUUCAGUUCCGAAGAAGAUUGGAGAUUGAGAUGCUGGAGGAUCUCAAAGCAAUCAAGCAAUCUGAGACGAUCGUGACAGAACUACCCACCACCAAAGGACCAAGCAGCGGAUCUCCGAGUGUGGCUGAAAUGGCAUGUGAGUUCCGCACCCUCGCCGCAGAGAGCGGCUGGAAUGACGAGGCCCUUCAGGGAGCAUUCCGGAACGCACUCACUGAGACCCUUAAGGAUGAGUUGGUAUCCAGAGAGGAGCCUGAGGGACUGGACAAACUAAUUUCUCUCACUAUUGACAAUCGUCUCCCUCAGCCUGGCUGA